CGCCAUAGUUUAAGACAGAAGCUACACAGCAGAACUGCCCUCUCAGCUCCAGGUCAUUGACAGAAAGCAAAAAAAAGAGGAGGAGCUUCUGUUUCACCACACUUCCCACAAAAGGCGUUUAUUUCGUCCACACUCUCCACAGAGGAAGUGUCUACGCUUCACAUUCGCCACGGAGAAAGUUUCUAACCAGUAACGGAAACGAUGUACACGACGGAGCGCAGGCGCAUGAGCCUGCACGAGGUCAAACGGAAAGACCCCGUGCUAGUUUUGGCUGGAAGUUUAUGGCAGGACCCUCUGGCCAUCGAGCUGAGCGCAACGAGUAAAAGCUCGGUUUCCCCGCGGAGCCGCAGCCGAGCCCUGUCAGUGGUGUACAUCGCCGUGGAGGACGCCUCGGUGACGCAGGCUGAGGAGAGCCUGUCCCUGCGCUGCUUGAGGGAAGCCUGCGCAGACUCACGCGCCCUCCUCCACACACUCCCCUUCGCCUGCUUGGCGCUAGGCACCACGGACGCGCUGGAUAGUUUCUACAACGCAGAUGUUGCCGUUGUUGAGAUGAGUGACACUUUUCAUCAGCCUUCACUCUUCUACCAUCUCGGUGUGAGAGAAAGUUUCAGCAUGACAAAUAAUGUUGUACUGUACUGCAAUAAGCAAGAGAAUGACCUUCAAGCGCUUAAGGAGCAGUGUGGAAGCUAUACUUUCAUCCAAUACGUGGUGUCACCUCAAGGAAAAGUGUUUGCUUGUGAUGCAAAUCUAAUGCGGGGUAUCAAGGAACUCUUGCAGCCCACCUUUGCCAUCGAAUCUUUACUGACCCCUUUAGUGGACUGCCUGGUCAAACUGUUGGAGAAUGUGCAUAUUCAUGCAAGUGAGUACUUUCAUGAGUCCAUCCGGCAGGAGAUCCGUAUGGCGCGGGAGCAUUUCAGUGGGGAGGCCCUAAGUCAGGAGUUAGGUCGCAUCCAGAAAAGACUGGACACUGUGGAGCUCCUCAGCCCAGACGUCGUCAUGAGUCUCCUGCUGUCCUAUCGUGACAUCCCAGACUACGAGUCCAUAAUUAAUCUGGUGGAAACCCUGAAUAACCUGCCUAUGUGCAUGGUGACAGCACAGCCAAACAUCAAAUUUCAGUACAUAUUUGCCCUGAACAGGAGGAAUCGACCUGGUGACCGUACAAAAGCCUUAUCAGUCAUUCUGCCCUUAGUUGAGUCAGGAGAGCAGGUGGCAUCAGACGUGUACUGCCUCUGUGGACGCAUUUAUAAGGACAUGUUCUUGAGUUCUGGUUUCUCAGACACACAUAGCCGUGACCAGGCCUGCUACUGGUACAGUAAAGCCUUUGAGAUGGAGCCUUCACUACACUCGGGUAUUAACAAUGUGGUCCUCCUCAUGGCUGCCGGCCAUGAAUUUGACACCUCUAUUGAGCUGCGCAAGAUUGGCGUCACACUCAGUAGUCUGCUUGGCAGGAAAGGCAGCCUGGAGAAGAUGCAGAAUUACUGGGAUGUAGGCUUCUAUCUCGGGGCUGGGAUUCUGGCCAAUGAGCACAAGAAGGUCAUAGAGGCCUCUGAGAAACUCUACCGACUGAAUGCACCAAUGUGGUAUCUGAGUUCUGUCAUGGAGACAUACGUAAUGUAUAAGCAGUUUGCUAAACCCCUGGAGAUGAAGCACCCCAAACAGGAAGAAGUGGACUUCUGGAUGGAGUUGUUGGUGCAAGCAUGCAAACCUACUGUUUCCACAUCCCGCUGCCCUGUCCUGAUCCUGGAGCCCACUAAAGUGUUCCAGCCCAGUGUAGUGAGGGUUAAUGAGGAGGACGAAAGCCGCACCGUACAGCUGAGACACGUUACUCCACUAAAGAAAGGCCUCCAUGAGUGGAACUUUCCUGCUUCAGCGAUUCGUGGAGUGAGUAUCUCUAAAUUUGAUGAGCGGAGCUGCUUCCUGUAUGUUCUGUACAACUCAGAUGAUUUCCAGCUGUGCUUUCCCAGUGACCUGCACUGCAAAGGAUUCUGUGAGCUGGUGAACUUUCUGAUAGGUCAAGGUGAUGCUUCAUUAGAUGACCCCAGCCCUGUCAGUGGAGGGGUGUUAGAGUACAUGUAUGAGAAAGGGGAGAAUGGAGAGAAGGUGAUGCUUGGGAGAGGAACGUAUGGAGUGGUGUACGCUGGGCGAGACCUGAGCAAUCAAGUGCGCAUUGCCAUCAAGGAAAUCCCAGAGAAGGACAGCACGUAUUCCCAGCCACUCCAUGAGGAGAUAGCCUUACACAAGAGGCUGAAGCACCGUAACAUUGUCCAGUACCUGGGCUCGGUCAGCGAGGGCGGCUUCAUUAAAAUUUUCAUGGAGGAGGUGCCAGGAGGAAGCCUGUCUUCUCUCUUAAGGUCAAAGUGGGGUCCUCUUAAAGAUAAUGAACCUACCAUUGUCUUCUACACCAAGCAGAUCCUGGAAGGACUGAAAUACCUCCAUGAUAAUCAGAUAGUUCACCGAGAUAUCAAGGGUGACAAUGUCCUGAUUAACACAUACAGUGGUGUACUCAAGAUAUCUGACUUUGGAACAUCUAAAAGACUAGCUGGAAUCAACCCAUGUACAGAGACCUUUACAGGUACUCUGCAGUACAUGGCUCCAGAGAUUAUAGACCAGGGCCCAAGGGGCUAUGGAAAGCCAGCUGAUAUCUGGUCCCUGGGCUGUACCAUUAUAGAGAUGGCCACAGGGAAACCUCCCUUUCAUGAGCUGGGCAGCCCACAGGCCGCUAUGUUUAAGGUGGGCAUGUUUAAGAUUCACCCCAGUGUGCCAGAGUCCAUGUCAGAGGAGGUCAAAGCCUUCAUAAUGUGUUGUUUUGAGCCUAACCCGGACAAGAGGGCCACAGCCUCAGAGCUGCUGAAGAAUCCCAUCCUUAGGGGCAGUCCCAGGAAGAGAGCCAAACAACUGCCAGACUCAGCUGAGAAUGAGGCCAGCUCAUCCGGAGAGUACCACAGGAGCUUGUCUGUGCCUUUAGUCACACAUGUGGACGACAUGGAAACUGAUAGGACUGACCUGUCCAGCUCCCUUGAUCUAAGGAGAUCUAUGCUCCAUGUUAGACAAAUUGAAAUCUCAGAGAGCCCUCCCAGCACCAACAGCUUCCUGGCAGUGCCAGAUGAGCCUCAGGGGGACUUGUCGAGUCCAGCAGUUUCGGGGGAGAACAUGGGCCUGUUCCUGCUAAGGAAGGACAGUGAGAGGAGGAACACACUGCACAAAGUGCUUACUGAUUACAUCAGCCAUGUAGUGGGCAACAUUCAGGAGUCACUGCCACAGACUGAGGAACCAACCAUUACCUCAGAGCACAUCAAGCAACUGAUUGGCUGCCUGCGAGAGAACAUCCGCUCCCCAGAUAGGAAACAGCUCACCAACAGGCUUCUGAAGCUCCGCUCCAGCCUGCAAACUGAUGCAGUGCCUCUCUGUAGCCUGCAGGUGGCACUCUUCAGCUUCCAAGAUGCUGUAAAGAAGGUGCUGCGACAGCGGCAGGUAAAGCCUCACUGGAUGUUUGCUCUGGAUAACCUGCUCAGACAGGCUGUGCAAGAUGCUAUCACUGUGCUCCUGCCAGAGCUAAAGCUGCAGCUGCAGUCAUCCUUUGAAAUGGAGGAGGGCUCUACUGAAUCAGAAGAGACCAAAAAGAGUAGUCAGGAACCAGAGUCCCACACUGAACAUGAGGGAACAUCUCAGGACCCGAAGAAGCAUGCAGUGGAGGCCGCCAGUCCCAGUCCAUUCAAUGGCCUUCUCAGCACCUGCAGCCCUCUUGCCCAAGAAUUUAGCCAGUUAUGCCAGGAGACUAGGAGGUUGCUGGCUCAGCUAAGUGAAAAAGAGAAAGAGUACCAGGAGCUUCUGAGGAACUCUAUGCAAAGUAAACAAGAAGAGAUAGAUGCCUUCAAGGUCAAGACUGCACCUGAGAGCAGUGGUAAUAAACCUGUGUGCCAGAACACUCAGACGUCGGCCAUGGUGCGCUGGCUGAGGGCUGUACCAGUGGAUGAGCAUACCAUAGGCACACUCCUAGCUCACGGGUUCACCUUGGACAGCCUUCUCCAUAUGGCCUGCAAAGAUGAUCUAAGAUACUGCGGCAUCAAAGGUGGGAUGGUGUGUCGUAUGUGGAGAGCCAUCUCAACAAAGAGGACGACUCAGCUGAGUUCAGUGUCAGAAGAGAGUGAAGUAACCAUACUGUAACAGCACCUGGACGCAGCGAUGGUCAUAUGAGCUCAGUGAGCUUACAACAUUUGUGCCCUUUGUCUGGCACAUUUAUUUAUUUCAUUUCAUUUGGGAUGACAAUAAGACCAACCCUGUGACUUUUCUAAGAAGGUAAUAUUAUACAUACAUACAUCAUCUAAACCGCUUAUCCUUCUGGGUCGCGGUGGGGUGCUGGAGCCUAUCCCAGCUGUCAUUGGGCGGAAGGCAGGAUACACCCUGGACAGGUCGCCAGUCCAUCGCAGGGCAGACAGACAGACAUACACAUUCACACCAUCACUCACACCUAGGGG